UGCAUCAACAGCCACAGCUUCACAAGCCAAUACACACACCAAUAUAGUCUCCUUUCCAGAGCUAGCUAGCAUCAAUGGCUUCUGGUGCUCAGAUGAAGAUGGUUGCCGUCGGCAUGAUGCUGGCCAUCAUGUUCAUCGCUGCAGCUAAUGCAGAACCAGCGCCUGCAGAAACUUGCAUCGACAAGACCGAAAAAGUUGGUCUUGCCACUGACUGCAUCUGCUCCAAGAACUGUGCUUGUGCAGGAAAGUGCAUCUUAGAAGGCGGCGAGGGUGGCGAAAUCCAGAAGUGCUUUGUCGAAUGCGUGCUGAAAAAUGACUGCAACUGCAAUGCUAAGCACCACAGUGCCGCAGCCCCUCAGUAAGGAGACUCCUGAUUGGAGCUUCUUCAGCCAUGCUAUGAGGUCUGCGUCCACAAGUCCACAGUCAACAUUUGAGUAAAUUAAAUAAACCUCUUAUACCUGCGUUCUUGGCAUGCGCUUAUUGCUUGCAGCGAAUGUAUGUUGAGAGUUGGUUUCCCGGUCACAGCUCAUAUAUAUGCUGCCAGUCACGUGUACGAUGACUGCCACAUGUAUUGCUGGAAAUGAAUAUGUAUGUGUAUUUGUCCUUUUCAUCAUUUGGGUCAUUUUAAAAAUAAGUUGUAUGCUGGAGCAUGACAACAAGUGUAUUUGGCUACUAUAAUAUUAUUGAUGAUAUGAUGUCUUGUUUAAACUGA